CGUUCCAAUUAUUUACACCGGCAAGUGCUCCAAUUUGCAAGCCAGUAUCCAAAUGUGAGGGUCACAUCCUGGCGCAUGGCUACCAUCUGGGGAGGAGCCAGUCUUCUAUCCACCUACCUCCAGAGCAUGAAGGAGCUCUUGGAGAUGAAGGACUGGCCGUGGGACUUCUUCAUUAACCUCAGCGCUGCGGACUAUCCUAUCAGGACGAACGACCAGCUUGUAGCAUUCCUGUCCAGAUACCGGAACAUGAACUUCUUGAAAUCCCACGGGAGGGACAACGCAAGAUCCACCACAUGUGAUAGUAUGGGCCAGCAUGGUUGUCAAAUGAACCUGGCUUCCCUGUGGAAUUUCCAUGCCUGCUCGCUGUCUAAACUCUGGGGUGGUUGUUGUUGUUUUUCCCCACAGUCUUUCUUCCACACCGUCUUGGAAAACAGUCCUCAUUGCGACACCAUGGUGGACAAUAACCUGCGUAUCACAAACUGGAACCGAAAGCUGGGGUGUAAAUGUCAGUACAAGAAUAUUGUGGAUUGGUGCGGCUGUUCCCCCAAUGAUUUUAAGCCAUCUGACUUUCACCGGUUCCAGCAAACUGCAAGACCAACCUUCUUUGCACGCAAGUUUGAGGCGGUUGUCAAUCAGGAAGUCAUCUCCCAGUUGGAUUAUUACCUGUAUGGUAACUAUCCUUCUGGUACCCCGGGCCUCCGAUCGUACUGGGAAAAUGUAUACGAUGAACCAGAUGGGAUCCACACCAUUAGUGAUGUUGCGCUGACUCUCUACCACUCUUUUUCCCGGUUGGGCUUGAAGAAAGCAGAAACGUCCUUCCAUAUGGAUGGUGACAACAGUUGUCGAUACUACCCAAUGGGGCAUCCAGUGUCAGUCCAUCUCUACUUUCUCGCUGAUCAUUUUCAGGGCUUCCUCAUCAAACAUCACACAACCAAUUUGGCUGCCAGUAAACUGGAGACCUUAGAAACGUGGGUUAUACCUAAGAAGGUGUUCAAGAUUGCAAGCCCCCCGAGUGAUUUUGGAAGGCUACAGUUCUUGGAG